AUGCUAGCAUCAUUCCCAUCAACAGGAAUAUUGAAUGUAAACGUUCAGCACAUGCUAGCUGCUGCUACUGGUGAGAUAUGUCAGGCACUGAUAAGGAAUCCAUUCGAAGUUAUCAAGUAGAACUUAUAGGUUGGAAAUUAUAAGAAUAUGAUUGAAUGCAGUAUUGAUAUUUUUAAGCACAAGUCUCUUGCUGGCUUCUAUUCUGGCUAUCUCUCUUUUAUAAUGAGAGAAAUUCCGUUUAGCUCAAUUCAGUUCCCUUUUUAUGAGAUAUUAAAGAUGAUGCAGAUCAAACUAAUAGCUUAUAGAAAAAACAUAGAUGAAAAUAUUGUUGAGAUUCCAUCAUUAGUUAAUGGAAUAAAUGGAUCUAUAGCAGGAUCAUUCUCUGGAUUCAUUGUUACUCCCUUCGAUGUAGCUAAGACCAGAUUAAUGACGACUAAUGUAAAGGAUAAGUUGCCCAGUACAGGUGCUAUCUUAAAAGAAAUUUAUCAUGAAGAUGGUCUUAAAGGGCUCUAUAAAGGCGCUGCUAUAAGAAUGAUGUAUCUAGGAGUAGGAGGAUUUGCAUUCUUUGGAAUAUAUGAGAAAAUAAAGCAAACCUUAAUAAAACAUUACGAAUGA